GUGUAUUCGACAGAAACUCAGAAAUUAGGGCACUCGUCGGAAAGCAACCUUACCACACGCGACAAACACGUUAUAAAAACUUAGUCAUUUUGGGUAGAAGAGGGAAAAAAAUAACUGUAUCUAAACUGCCAAAAAUAUUAUAUAACGUGUUUUUUAAAGUUGUAGGAAUAUUUUCUUGUUUUGUUUAUUUGCAAAUCACAGAAAGAAACACAUUUCUAGAGUUAAACUAACAACUUUCAUUUUUUUUUUCUCGGCUGGGUAAGUAUUAUUUUAAGUCGCGUGAAAUACAAUUAGCGUGCAUAUGUUUAUACACACGUCACUCACAAAUUUGGAUGUUGUUUGUUGAUAGUUUUGUUCGCAGUAAAACAGUAUUUAUCUUGGAAUCUUUGUAAAGCAGUAAAUAUUUCGGAAUGGAAGAACUAUAUGAAUACGAAGAAUAUUUGGACGAUGAAGAGGAAAACGAUCCAGAUCCACUGGCCGGUGUGAAUACGGGAAUCGAUACGAGAGUAUUUAGUUUUGAUGGCGAGCUAGGAUUGGGACCGAUGACUGACGAUAGAGAAGAGGACGUUGUAUCUGAAGUAUCUUCAGGAAACGGUGAAGAAAAGUCUCUCGGCGAAUUUGUAUUUUCAUUCACUGGAAUAUUUUGUCGGCGACUCUACCGUAGUCAACAACGUCCGAAAGAGAAAGGAAGAGCGUUUGUGAAUGGUAACUCAGUUGAUGAAGUUAUCGAAUCAAUCUGGGCGCAAUCUAAAGACUUGGUGGAUCGAAAAGUCACUUUUGAAAACGACGUUCCUAGUUGGGCAGAGAAGAUCGAACCAACCAUCGAGGAUAUCCAGGAGUUUGUACAACUGCAGGACGAGGUAAAGAGGAAACUUUAUACAACAAGUGUUCUAACACCCCGACUGUUGAGGAACUGGCGAAACAAAUGUGUAAAAGUGUUUGUAUACGCAUUCUCAACUAGCGUCGAAACAGCGGGCCAAUAUCAGCAAAUAUCCAAAAAAUUAUUGGCCCCUGCCAAUCCAGAUCGAGCAGGAGCCCAUUCUACCAGAGAUGAUGCUGCGUUGGCUGAUGAACUACGUAGGAAUCAUUGCCACCUCGAAGGUCAUCAGAGUUCAUGGCUACUAUGGGCCAAUUCUAUCAAUUCAUCUCCAGCACAUAAGCAAGAGGCUUUGAAAAAAGCCGAAUCUCCUCCUAUCGAGCUUUCGAAGUAUUUUCGAUGGUCCGCUGUAUCCGAAGCAGCUCGUUUACAGUCUGUUCACCGGGGAAUGGUUGUAGCUCAGACAUCUAAUUUGGCCUGGUGCCGUGAACUGGAUGACUUGAAGACCGAAGUGUCACUUGGAAUCUCAAUUUUCCAAGGGGUGAUGCGAAAACUGGAAGCCAUGACUAUCAGAGGAAAUACCGAGUCGGAACUGUUCAGUGCCAUGGAAUCUGCCACUCGCCCGGAAGAAACUACUUUAAGUCACUCUUUGGCUGAUCAAGUAAUGGACUGCGAGGAUAUUGACCAUGUGUAGAAGCAAUAUGUAGAGAAAGACAUUUUGUGAUACGUACGUAAUAAGUUUGUUUCUUCUUCAAUUUUCUUUUAUCAACAGUUAUGUUUGAAUAAACGUUUCAUAAAAGCUGAUUUAUUGUGUUUUCAACUCAUACAAAAAAGUUAUCUGGGGUGUACAUUGAAAUCCAUGUAUUUUGGAUCCUGACUUAAACCCUUUUCUGGGAGAAAGACGCCCCCAGCCAUAUACCCACAGUUUUCGAACAGAUUGCGACAGGGAUACACUUUGAAAUAAUUCAUGGAAUCACAAACUUCCUCUAGUAUCGACGCGUUUUCUUUAUGGUAUCUCUUGAGAUGUUUCUUAAUUAAUCCAAAUACAACCUCUAUAGGAUUAAAAAAUGGACAGUAAGCAGGUAAGAAGAUGGGUAUGACACCAAUUGACCUUAGGUAACGGAUUAUGUGGGGAUCACAAUGGAUCCGUGCUCCGUCUAGAAUCCAGAUUGAGUGGAACCCUGGAUAGUUUUGAACAAGGUUGUUUUUCAGUGCAAACUUACGGCAGCAGUCAAAAAAUUUUAUCCUGUUAAACGUUCCUUCCGUCCAAAAACUAUCCAGCAUUCCACCCAAUCCUAGAAAACAUAGAAGUGAAACCCUAGGCUUUCUUGAAAACUCUCCACGAUAGAUAAGUUUUUGACCGACAACUCCAUACCCCUUCCUGCGUAGCAUGUCCUUGUUAUCGAACGAAACUUCAUCCAGGAAAACUAAAUUAUACAAAUCCCAUCGAAUGGCGAGCAAUUCCUGAACGAAUCUCACUAUUUCCGAGUCUCGUAUUUGUAUAGCCCGUCGUUCAAUAGUUUUCCAACUGAGCCCGGCUUCAUGUAGGAUAGUACAAACCGAUGAAACGCUUAUUGAAAUUUGAAAAUGCUGUUGAAAUUUUUGUCGAGCUUCAUCGAGAAACAGGAUUGGUUCCUUCCGGUAGAGAUUUACGAGCCAUUCUCUCUUCUCGAGGCAGAAUUUUCUGUAUAUCUGUUUGCGUUGUUUUCUGCGGAACACUCCAUCUCGUUCGUAUCGUCCAAUCCAAUCGUAGAUGGUAGAAAUGGCCUUUCCGUAAAUCUCAGCCAAAUUUCUUGCCGAUAUUCCGAGAAAAUAAUAGCCAUAAAGAGCAUGAUACACUGUGUUGGUACUGGCGUGUUGAUGCCGGACGUUGUGUAUAAUAAGAUUUGCCAUUU